AUGGAGAGGAAGAGAAUUGAUGUGAUGUGCUUGCAGGAAACCAGAUGGAAAGGACAGAAGGCAAAGGAACUCGGAGAGGGUUAUAAACUUUACUACGCGGGUGUAGAAGUGGGAAUAGUGCUAAGUCCUGAGAUGAAGGAAGGGAUAUUACAGGUUAACAGAGUGUCUGACAGAGUGAUGUGGUUGAAGAUGGCAGUGGAGAAAGUGAUUGUGAAUGUCAUCUGCGCCUACGCGCCGCAAGUUGGUUGCCCUGAGGAGGAGAAAGAUGAGUUUUGGGAAAAGCUUGGGAGUGUCAUGGUAGGAAUCCCAGUAGCGGAGGAGACAUGGAUUGGUGGGGACCUAAACGGGCACGUUGGAGAAGGAAGCCGGGAUACGGAAAUAUUGGGGAAGUACGGAGUGGGCACAAGAAAUGAUAAAGGUGAAAGGAUAGUGGACUUUGCGACAGCAAACAAAAUGGCGGUGGUUAACACAUACUUCCGGAAGAGGUUGAGUAGGAGGGUGACUUAUUCCAGCGGAGGGCUAAACACACAGGUCGACUACAUCAUGUGCAGGAGGGAGGAACUAAAGAGAGUUCAAAACUGCUAUGUAUUGCCAAAGGAAGCGAUAGCCAGACAGCAUAAGCUAGUGAUCUGUAAAGCGAUGCUGCAGACUAAAGAGAAACAGAAAACAUACAGCAUUCCGAAGACUCGAUGGUGGAAGUUGAACUCAAAAGUACAUCAAGAAGAGUUUGUCCAGAAAUUGGAAAGAAAGAUGGGUGCAGAAGAGAUAUCAUGGGAGAGGUUGAGUACCGCUGUGAAGGAAGUUGCGAAGGAGGUUAUGACAGUAACAUCGGGAAAGAAGGGAAAGAAAGAAGAAACGUGGUGGUGGGAGGAAGUACAGGAGGCAAUCAAAGUAAAAAGGGAAAGGAAGAGAGACAGGGACCUAAAUAGAUGUGAGGCAACAAUUGAAGCAUAUAAGAAGGCAAAUAAAGAUGCUAAGAAAGCAGUGGCAAAAGCAAAGAGAGCAGCAUAUGAGGACCUGUACAACAGCCUAGAGGGGCCGGAUGGGCAGCAGAAAGCGAUCAGACUGGCGAAACAGAGAAACAAGAAAUCCCAAGAUGUAUACCAGGCAAAGAUGGUAAAAGACAGGAAUGGACAAGUAUUGGCAGAUGACACACAAAUUAGAGAGAGAUGGAAAGAGUACUACCAGCAUCUUAUGAAUGAGGAAAACCCAAGGAUAGAGAGGGAGAUUGAACCAGCCGAGGAACAAGAGGAUUGCGGAAACUACCGUGGUAUAAAGCUCACAUCUCACACUUUGAAACUGUGGGAAAGGAUAAUUGACAAAAGACUGAGAAGCAGGGUGACAGUGUCAGAACAGCAGUUCGGUUUCAUGCCAGGACAGAGCACAUCUGAUGCCAUAUUUGCGCUGCGACAGCUGAUGGAAACGUACAGGGAUGGCGAAGAAGACCUGCACUGUAUCUUCAUCGACCUAGAAAAGGCAUACGAUCGGGUACCCCGGCAGGAAAUAUGGAACUGUCUGCAGCUGAAAGGGGUGGGAGAAAAGCACAUUCGUCUCAUCCAAGACACGUACAAAGGGUGUCAGACCCAAGUCAGAUGUGCGGCAGGAGAGACGGAGGUCUUUGAGGUUGUGGUUGGACUGCAUCAGGGCUCUGCACGCAGCCCUUUCCUGUUCGCGAUCAUAAUCGACUGUCUAACCCAAGAAGUGCAGAGGGAUGCGCCAUGGGAUAUGCUGUUUGCGGACGAUGUCGUGGUGUGCGGGAAAAGGAGGAAUGAAAUUGAAGAGAGACUGGAACUGUGGCGGGGUGCAAUGGAGGACAGAGGUAUGAAAGUGAGUAGGCAAAAGACAGAAUACCUGAAGCUGAAAGUUAAAGGGGAAGGCAGUGACAACGAAGAGGACACUGAAGUGAAGCUACAAGGAGAGGCAAUAGCACAGGUGAGGGAGUUCAAGUAUCUGGGUUCUAUAGUGCAAGAAGAUGGUGGUUCAGACAAGGAGGUAACCAAAAGGAUCCAGGCAGGGUGGGGAGCUUGGAAGAAGAUCACAGGUGUCAUGUGUGACAAGAACGUGCCAGAGAAAGUAAAAGGUAGACUGUAUAAGACGUUGGUGAGGCCGGCAAUGAUAUACGGAAUGGAAACAGUGGCGGUGACGAAGGUCCAAGAAGAGAGGAUGCAGGUAGCAGAAAUGAAAAUUUUGAGGUGGUCGUUGGGGUUGACAAUAAUGGACAAGGUGAGAAAUGAGACAAUUAGGGAGCGAGUGCAUGUGGGCGAGCUGAAGAAGAAGCUGAGCGAGACAAGAUUGAGGUGGCUGGGACAUGUGACAAGGAGAGAGGAGAGCUAUGUUGGGAGACGAAAGAUUGAAAAAUCUUUCACCGCGGAUUUCCUCAACGGUCAUCGGUCCUGGCUGUUCGAUUCGGAUAUAAUCGGGGGCCUUAUAUAUUUCCGUCCCGUGGGAUGCCGACUAGGCUAUGAAUGGGAUGUUUAUCUCUUUUGCAAUAGGAAGGUGCAGCCGAAGGAACCUUGCAAGGGGCCUUCCCCCAAGGAGCUUAAGGAGCUGCAGGAUAUAUUCAAGGGCCUGCAGGUAACUUUGCUGUCUGUCGAGGAGGCCGACGCCAUGCUUGGUAAUAACCCACAGAGUCUUGGCGCGGGAGCGAACGGCGCGGCGUUUCUGAACGCUGGGCAUAAGAUUGUGCUCAAAUACUCCUUUGACUUUGACGCAUUUAUGUCCUGCGCUAAGGAGGUUAAAGCCAUGGUGGUCCUGAGGAGGGUCCAGGGCGUCCAGGAGCUCGUGGGCGUGUGUCUGGAGCGCUUCAUGUUGGCCACCAGGUACGGCGGCCCCACCCUGAAACGCUGGCUGGGAAGCGAGUCCCCGCUUCUCCCUCAGCAGUGGAUCGACAUCGCCAUCGAAAUCACGAAAAUCUUCCGGGACAUCCACUCGCUGGACAUCAUCCACAAUGACAUCAAGAGCAACAACCUCUGCCUGGAAGUCUUUCCCGACGGCAUCGAAGUCACCCUCAUCGACUUCGGUCUGUCUGGGCGAAGGGGCAAGUACUUGCGCCUCUCGGGGGACUGGUGUGCGGACGAGUGGUACCCUCCCGAGUUCUUCGAGAGGGACGGCGGUCGCUGCGGCUCUCGGUCGGACAUCUACGGCAUCGGGAAGCUUAUGAAGAAGAUCUUUAGGCGCGACCUGCCGGAGAUGCCUGGGCUGGCCGCGUGGCUGGAGAAGAGCCAGGAGCAUAGGGCCAGUUCCCGCGAGGGGCUGGACGUCCUCCUGGAUGCUCUCAGGGAAGAGCGAAGCGUCAUGAGGCGUCGGAUGAGGUGA